AUGGUCGUGAUGCGAAUGCAGAACGUGAGUAAGGAACGCAGGGAAUUGUGGGACGCAGAUGCGCCACAGUCCAAGAACGCGGAUGUGCAGGUCGUCGCGAUGCUUAAGGGGCGCGCUCUUGGUAGUUGGGAGGCCGACCACGAGAGCGGGGAGCCGCGCUCGCUUGUUCUACUGCGAGCAUCACUGGUAUGCCACAAAGCCGUCAUUCACGUAGGCUCCCAGCUCGUCAGACUAAAGCUGCCUCUUAAUCUUGCGUUGAUUGAGCCGAUAUGGUCCUAA